AUGACAUCGAGCGGCCGUUUGGGCUCGCGAAAAUUCUCAACGACGCAUGUCAAAACCCAAAAGACCAGCUGCUUCAAGCGCACAGAUUUUCGGUAG